AUUGGUUUUUCAGUGAAAGCACAGGAUAGGAAAUCGUUCAACAGUAAUAGUAAUUCCAAUUCUGUUGUGGAAGCAGAUAAAACACAAUAUAGUAUGAGCAAAUUUUAAGAAAUACUUUGGAAUCAAUCAGAAGAACAAUGCAAAAGUCAAUUAAUGUCAACGAAUCAUCGAUUAUAGAUUUAAGAGCUGAACUAUACAGGAAAGAAGAACAAUUUAAGCAAAAUCUGACAUCUGAGGCUGCAAAAAGCCAAGAACACAAACAUUCCAAAGGGAGUAAAACUUUGGACAAGAUAGCCCUUUUAUCUGGGAAAAAGAAGAUACCCUCAAAACGAAAACUAGAUGAAAAAAAGAUUAUUGAUAGCAGCAAAAGUAGCAGUUACAAAAGUUCUGAAAAUGAUGCUGAGUAUGAAAAAGCCAAAUAUAAAUUACAAGCAAAGGCAAAGCUAUAUGAAAAAAUGAGCAAAGGAGACCUUGAAGACCCCGAAGAUGGAGACGACUCUUUCUAUUUAGUUGAUUUUCACAAGAAGGUUUAUGGCUCAGAUGCAAAUGCUAUGAAUAUGGAACAAAACGAAUGCGAUAGUUCUGGAGAUGAAUUGGUUGAGUUUGAAGAUUCCCUUGGCCGAAGUCGAAAAUGCCGGAAAAGGGACCUUGAAAAGUUAAAGUCACUUGAUCAAGAAUUUAGGCCCGUUAACAGAUCUCCAAGCCCACCAACAUUGCUUUCAGAAGAUAUGAGACGGGAUAUGAUGAGAAAAAAGUGGGAAGAAGAACAAGAAAAACUCAUCCAAGAGGGAGACCGUGAUAUUCACUAUCAAAAUGUCUUGUUUGAUGAGGUUCGAGAUCAUGGUGUUGCAUAUUACCAGUUUUCCAAGGACGAAGCUGAAAGAAAAUCUCAGAUGGAUACCUUAAAUUUGCUGCGAGAGCAAACAUUAGAGCAGCGUACUCGACGCGAAUCAAUAAAACAGAAACGUAAAGCUGCCCUUGAUGCUCGCUUAGCCAAAAUACGACAGAAAAAAGCUCAAAAAGAAGGCCAGCCUGUUGCCGAAGACAGGGGAAGUCAUGAAAGCCAAUCAGACAGCAUUGAAGCAGGCAGAUUGACUGGAACAGAAGAUGGGAAAACCAGUAGUGAGAGCUUGUCGGUUGAUGACUCAAAAAGUGAUGAGCUUCGCGUGGACCAAAGACAGGAAAUAGGCCCCAGCCAACCUUCAAGCAAAGACAGCACCGUUUCAACCUCGAUUUCGGCUUCAAAGCAGCUAGAGGAAUCUGUUAAUAAACAUAAAGGUGCAAGAGAAGGUCUUUCGCAGUGGAUUAAGUCUUUGAGAGAAGAACGGAACGAAGAAUUUGCUCCCCCUUCCUUCUACAACCACGGAAAAGGUCGCAGAUAGCAGCACUUCAACGCCUGUUUGAAUCAAUCCCUAGAAUCAUUAAAGAUGUUUUGAGUAGGUAGGGCAUUCAGAAUAUUUUAUUAUUGACCUCUUCCUAUUACGGAUACAUGCAUAUUUUAACACAAAUCUUUCGCCAUCUGCAUGCUCGAACUUCUUUAAGGUUUCUUAAAUUUCGAGUUUUGGGCUGGUAGGGAACAAUAUAGCAAAUAAUUGAGAAUUCAUUUGUUGCUUUGAAUUGAAACAGAACAUGUUACGAUUUCAAUAUAAUUUAUCAGCUAUAAAAGUUGCCUGAUAAUUGCAUUUAGCUUGAUGUUUAGAGUUGCAACCUAGACCCAUCUUAUUCUAUACGCUUCAUGUACCUGUCUCUGUCGGUACGGCAUCGAGCACCGCACGACAGACCCGUUAACAACAAUUCCCAUUAUUCUGUGUGCUAUCUAGCCAGAAUUGAAAUAAAGUUUUUCUUGUGACAGCUUAACACCAGCAAAAAAUUCUUAUUUGGAACCAGUGCUGAGAGUUUCGUAACUGCGCGUCAACCCAAUGACUGAAUUUGUUAAUAGGAAGUUUGGUAAGGAAAAAUCCACUGUGAAUAAUCCGAAUAAAUGGCUUACCCGAGAAAGACUGUUGAAAUUGGUAGAUUUUGGCUACAACUAUACUCAUUCAAAAUAGGACUAGCUCAGGCGCAGAUACGUAACAUGUCUGAAGGAAGUUGUUACUUGCUCAAAGAUAUAAUGAAUAAGAUAAAUUUGCAAAGCACUCGUCUAAUAGCCCCCCCCCCCUUCAUAUUUGAUAAUGUUAAGUAUAGAUAAACCAAGAAAGUAAUGAUGAUGUAUUAUAAUGUAUAUAGAAAAACUAUUCGCGAGUAAAACACUGUUAUUUUCUUUGCUUUACAGACUACACUGUUUUAUCCCCAUUAGCAAGGCAAAUGAAAAGUGCUAUGCAAAAUGGACUGCAGAAUGACGUCAAAAAGUUCCUCAUUGUUCACAUGUUAAUGAUGAUGCUUUUUUGGUCCCAGAGUGCGCGAAGGGCAGACUCUUCUUAGGGGCAUUUAUGUUUUCUCCAGCACAGUAACUGUUACCAUUGUUGUUAUGAGCAAAAAAACUUUGGAUGUAAGACACCUGCCUUGAUGACUAAGAGUCCUUUGUAAUUGAAAACACUGAUCACAGUUUUACCAAAAACGAUUUUCCAACAACUCUAACUUGCCCACAAUCUCAUGGUUAAGAUUAAUUUUUCAUUUAAAGGAAUCCACACAUGAGUAGAAGAAAAAUGAAAAGAUUAUAUGUAAUAUUAAAUCAUUAUAAGAAAGUUCAAAAGCCUUUGGUUAGUAUGCUAGCAGAAUCAUUCUUUAUGUCAAGCUCAAUUUAUUUUUCUGAGUCCUGAAUUUAUGACCGUUAUCUGAACGUGUCAUAAUUAAUGAUAAUUGUAGUUAUGUAAAAUACCUAUGCUCUUGGGUUGUCCAUUUUUACCACCACCUCGUUAGGCGAGAAACUGCCAUAACUCGUCACCAUGUUCUCACAGGCUUGGGCGAGCCAUGUUCUCUGUCAAUCGAUACUUGAUGUUUUUCAAUAUAAUGUUUUUCAAAAUUAAUGAUAUAUAAUCAUUAAUGCUU